GCGCCGGCUGCGCGCACGCGCCCUGCGGUCGCCGCUGUCUGUGGGCGAGAGGAGCGGGCGCGAUGGCCGGGUCCGCGUGGAUCUCCAAGGUCUCUCGGCUGCUGGGCGCAUUCCAAAAUACAAAACAGGUGACCAGAGGUUUUGCUGGUGGUGUUCAGACAGUAACUUUAAUUCCAGGAGAUGGAAUUGGCCCAGAAAUUUCAGCCUCAGUUAUGAAGAUUUUUGAUGCUGCCAAAGCACCUAUUCAGUGGGAGGAGCGGAAUGUCACUGCCAUUCAAGGACCAGGAGGAAAGUGGAUGAUCCCUCCAGAGGCCAAAGAGUCCAUGGAUAAGAACAAGAUGGGCUUGAAAGGCCCUUUGAAGACCCCAAUAGCCGCUGGUCACCCAUCUAUGAAUUUAUUGCUGCGUAAAACUUUUGAUCUUUAUGCCAAUGUCCGGCCAUGCGUGUCGAUUGAAGGCUAUAAAACCCCUUACACUGAUGUAAAUAUCGUCACCAUUCGAGAGAACACAGAAGGAGAAUACAGUGGAAUCGAGCACAUAAUUGUGGAAGGAGUCGUGCAGAGCAUCAAGCUCAUCACCGAGGAGGCCAGCAAGCGCAUUGCCGAGUUCGCCUUUGAGUACGCUCGGAACAACCACCGGAGCAACGUCACGGCUGUGCACAAAGCCAACAUCAUGCGAAUGUCAGAUGGGCUUUUUCUGCAGAAAUGCAGGGAAGCUGCAGAGAACUGUAAAGAUAUUAAAUUCAAUGAGAUGUACCUUGAUACAGUAUGUUUGAAUAUGGUACAAGAUCCAUCCCAAUUUGAUGUUCUUGUUAUGCCAAAUUUGUAUGGAGACAUCCUUAGUGACCUGUGUGCAGGAUUGAUUGGAGGUCUUGGUGUGACUCCAAGUGGCAACAUUGGAGCCAACGGGGUCGCCAUCUUUGAGUCGGUCCAUGGGACAGCCCCGGACAUCGCAGGCAAGGACAUGGCCAACCCCACUGCCCUCCUGCUCAGUGCUGUGAUGAUGCUGCGCCACAUGGGACUUUUUGACCAUGCUGCCAAAAUUGAGGCUGCGUGUUUUGCUACAAUUAAGGAUGGGAAGAGCUUAACGAAAGACUUGGGAGGCAAUGCAAAAUGCUCCGACUUCACAGAAGAAAUCUGCCGCCGAGUCAAAGACUUGGAUUAGCGCUGCGCAGGUGGCGUUUGCUGAGUCAGUCACUACUGCAGGACUCCCCACGAGCCUUUACUGAGAACGCCCCUAUUCUGUCUGCAUUUGCUUGUUUCCUGAUGGGGUACAUUUUCAAAUCUGGCCUUUUCUUAAAAAAACCCGUGCAGCCGAUUGAUGUACGCCAUCCGUGGCCCUAGGCCUGUUUUCAAAGGAUUUUUCCAAGUGCUUGUUUUAUUUAUUAAAUGUCUAUCUGGGAAACAGUUUUUGUAACUGUAAGUGGACUGUGUUAUUUACCAUUACUACCCAUCUCACACUUCAGUUAAAAUAAGUUUUCCUUUACUGUAAAUAUUAUACAGAGUUAAUAUGAGAAAAACAUCUAACUUUUUAAACAACAGCCCUAUUUUCCUUGGUUUAUGAAAAACAUUGUAAUAAAAACAAAAAGUGGACAUAAUAGCACAAUAUAACAUUCUUAUAAAUGUCUUUAGUCUUGUAACUAAAUGGGCACAGGAGAAAUUUCCUGGGAAAGUUCUUAUCAAAAAUAGCAAAAUGACAUAUUUCUUAGUGAUUUGGAAAAUAAAGACAUUUGUCCUUUACAUGAGUUACUGUUAAUAAAAACUUCAGAUCCAAGAAAUACAUAAUGAGCCAUGUAAUUUUUGUUACUAAGAUACAACUACUGGGUAUAAAGCCCUAUAUGCACUGUGCAUUCAAUUAUUUUGUUACCUUGAGAUCUACUAUUUUUUUGUGAGAAGUUUUUUAACAAGGCGGAGUGUCUAGUAAGCACUGUGAGUUGUCACAGCUUGUACUGACAUCCUUAAAUUGACUUCCCUGCAUCAUGGGGAAGGGACCACAUUCCAUCUGGUUCUGAGGGUGGCAUUGAGCAAGGGUGUGACCGCUUAUGUUCCGGCUACAGCUGAGGAAACGGGUGCCACCUGGUGCUUUUUAUUUCCAUAGCUGUCCCGUCACCGUUCUCAAAGCAUCUAGCACUCCCUCGGCCCAAGCAGCACCAGUAAAAAAAAGGUGCCAUUGUAGAGGAUGGAGUUGAUUCACGAAAUUACUAUGAGCAGGGAUCAUGUGAGCAGCUUGUGACUGUUCAGUUCCUUUCCUCCACAGCCCCUGACUGUCCACUGCAGCAUGAAGGCCACGCCCAAGUCAACUUGUAUCUUCUCCUGGCCCCUGUGUAAAUUUGCAAGCCUGUGGCUUUGUAUACUGCACCCUGGUCACAAGGGAAUUUCUUGGUUUGUCUCCCUGUCCGGGUCACUUUUUUUAAAGCUUGUCAUCAGACCUUCAAAUUUACCUGUGUUUUGCUGUAAGCUGCUGCUUCCUGUGUCUUGCUGGAGUAUGCUAGUUAUCAGUGGCUCUGGGGUUCACAGUAAUAAAGAAUUCCAAAACUGA